UGAGAUCGAUACGCCGACUCAUAUCCCAUUUCUUGUUUUUCUUUUUGGUUCUCUUCUCUCUCUUACUCACUCUCCUUUCUCAACCACUCAGUUGUUUCUCUCUCCUAAAAACAAUGGCGGAUCAAGAUCGAGUAUGCUGCAUGUGUGGUGAUAUUGGCUUCGCUGACAAGCUCUUCCAGUGCUCCCGUUGUCGCUUUCGCUUCCAACACCUAUAUUGUAGCAACUACAACUACGGCAAACAGGAAUUACUAUUAUCACCAUCAUUCUCAUCGUCGUCAUCAUCAUCAACCAACACAAAAUCGUUAGAGUUAUGCGAUUGGUGUCAGAGUGAAGGAAAAAACUCCUCAACAACCAACAAACAUCAAAGUGGAUCUUACAAGAGAUCAUUAUCGUCGUCAUCAUCGUCGUCAUCAAUGGAUCAUCGUAAUAAUAAUAGUCUUCAUAUCCGUUCUGAAUAUGCGUCAGGAGAGAGAAUCAAGCAACAUCAAGAUCAACAACAAAACGGCGCCGCUUCUUCUGGAACUCCCAAAAACUCCGGCGUACCGUCGCCUCGCCCGAAUGCCCAUCGUCGCUACAAACUUCUCAAGGAUGUCAUGUGUUGAUCAAGUGACUUAGCUAGCUUUGUGGUGGAUCUUCCUAAAAGUUGUAAGCUAAUUAAGGUUUUGUGUUUGCGUGUGUUACGUUAGCUAGCUUUUUACUUUUUAAUCAUGACGAGUCUUUGUCUUAGUGUGAAUAUUAUGUUUAAUUAGAGAACCUUCAUCUUAAUUAAAACCUCUUUUAUUUUUUAUAUAUAAUAUGUAAAAAUAUUAUGUUUAGAUAUAUUUAUGCUAUGGAAUUGCUCUCCUUUUCCCUCUCAA